UGUUCCACUCUGCACUAGCAGCACUGCCCACACGCACGCACUUCCUCAAAGACUUCAUCUUUCCGAUUCCCGUCGUGUACCUUUCCCCCCUCGAGGCCUGUGUGCAAGGCUGGAUCAAUAAGCGAGGCGGCUUGCGCUCAACGUCACGAUGCCUUUCAUUACUUUGCCCAUCUACGAAGGGGUGGGAAUCACAUUGAUUGUCAUCGCGAGCGUCCUGGUCGGCGCGCGGUGCUUUGUGAACUACCAUGCGUCGAAUGGGAAAUUAAAUACGCACGACUACAUGUCGAUUGUUGGCUGGAGUUUUUUAGUCACAACAUAUGCAGUCAAUGACAUCGUCGUACGAGCCGUAUCGGUUCCCGUCCAGAACCUCGACUUGCCACUCCUUUUUAGGCUCGCUAUUGUUAUCAUCAUUCUAGUGCAAGGCACCCUGUGGUUUACCAAAGCGCCUAUCCUCUUCCUCUAUGUCAAGCUUUUUGGCAUUCAUCGCUGGCUACUGUACAUCUCGUGGGCCACUCUCCUGGUUACGGGGCUUGUCUAUGUUGCUGGACUUAUAUUCACACUGGUCUCGUGUGCAACCGACGACCUCACGUUGAUUGCAUACCAACAAUGCGCCCAUGACAAUACUCUCACCGGAGUCAUAUCUGGCUUUGUGUCCGUAAUUGCCGACGCCGUCAUAUUCAUUUUGCCUAUUCCUGUUAUCUUCAGUUUACAACUAGAGACCUCGAAGAAGAUUGGGCUCAGCGUUACUUUCCUCUCUGGUAUAUUGGGUAUUGCGGCUUCUGUUGUUGCCCUUUACUACAAAUACGUGGCUUUAUUUGGCGAUGGUACUCAGUUGAUCGCACCAAUCUUCUUCUUCACUAUUGAAGCUUUCGUGGCCAUGGCUGUUGGUUGCGCCCCUGCCAUUAGGUCUUUCUGGAUUCGAUAUAUUUCAAAGACAAAUUUGGACAGCAGCACUGCCUCGGAGUCUGCAUAUAGCCACGUUCUUAGCCGUACUUCUAGAAAACCCCCAAGAAACCCCACAGUCACUGACUGGGAACGGAGUGACGAGCACAUCAAUAGGAACUCGUACAGAAGCUCGCCGUCGGGACAUUUAGGGCACUCGCCAAUACAGGACGUUUGACCAAUUCCCCAUUACGAAAACAGGUUAAAAGAAAAUUAAUGCACGAAAUGUAAAAAAUUCAUUGAGGAUAGAGCCAAAAUCGAUACCCAUGCUGUGUUUAAAGAGACUUGUUCGGCAAGCGAUUUACGAAUCGGCUGUGCUGAUAAUUGAAUUACGAUAGCGAGGAUAUGGUUUGGAAUCGGAAUGAGGAUAGGAAUGUACGAGUCUAUUUAUGUAUAUAUAACCUUUUAGCAAAAGCUACAAUUCCAGACGUCUUUGUUGGUUAGAUAGCAAAUUCAAACUAGUUGACAGGGGAUUUCCAG